AUGGCUUCUUCUUCAAAAUACGAAGUUUUCGUGAGUUUCAGAGGUGAAGACACUCGCAAUAACUUCACCAGCCAUUUAUAUGCUGCUUUGCAUAGGAAGCACAUUAAAACGUUCAUAGAUAACGAACUUGACAGAGGAGAGGAGAUCACAGCAGUGCUUUUGAAAGUGAUUGAGCAAUCAAUCAUUUCCGUGAUUAUCUUUUCAGAAAAGUACGCAGAAUCACCGUGGUGUUUGGAUGAACUAACUAAGAUACUCGAAUGCAAAAAUAUUUCAAAACAAAUGGUUUUACCUGUUUUUUACAGCGUUGAUCCUCAGGAUGUUGCAGAGCAGAAAGGUGGUUUCGGUCUCGCAUUUGCUAAGCUUGAGGAGCGUUUCAAGAAGAGUAUGGAUAAUAAGAUUCAGAUUUGGAGAGCAGCUUUGACUGAGGCUGCCACUUUAUCUGGUUGGGAUUCACUUGUUAUUAGGCCCGAAUCCAGACUGAUUGAUGAAAUUGUUGAGGAUAUUUCUAAAAAAUUAAAUCGUAUCUCGUCGUGUAGUUUCAAGGGUUUGGUUGGAGUGUACUCACGAAUUGAGAAAAUUGAAUCAUUAUUAAGCAUUGGGUCCGACGAUAUUCGAAUUUUAGGAAUUUGGGGAAUGGGCGGUAUAGGGAAAACAACACUUGCUGGAGUAGUAUUUGAUCACAUCUCUGCACAGUUUGAUGGCUGUUACUUUCUUGCUAAUGUUAGGGAAGAAUCAGAAAAAUAUGGAUUGUACCGACUGCGAAAGGAAAUGCUCUCGAAAAUAUUAGGAGAAGAAAAUCUAAAUACAGAUGCUUAUGAUUUUAGAGCUAGUUUUGUUCAGACUAGACUUUGUCGAAUAAAAGCUCUUAUUGUUCUUGAUGAUGUGGAUAACUUCAAGCAAAUAGAUUAUUUAGCAGGAGAGCAUGAAUGGUUCGGACCAGGAAGUAGGAUUAUUGUAACAACUAGAGAUCAAGAUGUUCUUAAGAGUGGAGUUGAUGAAGUAUAUGAGGUCGAGGGAUUGAAUUACCAUGAAGCUCUUGAACUCUUUGGUUUGCGUGCAUUUAAACGAAACCAGCUAAGAGAAGAUCAUAGGAAUAUGUCAGAAAGAGUAGUAUGUUAUGCUAGUGGCAAUCCCCUGGCUCUGAAAGUUUUGGGUUCUUUUCUAUAUCGUAGAAGCAUGCGGGAGUGGGAAAACGCAUUGAGUAAACUAGAGAGAAUCCCUAAUAAAGAGAUCCAGAGCAUGUUAAGGUUGAGUUAUGAUGGAUUGGAUGUUGAAGAGAAAGAUAUUUUCCUUGAUAUUGCAUGUUUCUUUAAAGGGGAGGAUACGGAUUUUGUGAAAAGAAUACUAGAUGGUUGCGGCUUCUCUGUUGAUGUUGGAUUCAAUGUCCUUAUUGAGAAGUCGCUUGUAACUAUUUCAAACAAUAAGUUAGAGAUGCAUAAUCUAUUACAAAGAAUGGGUUGGGAAAUCGUGCGAGAGGAGUCUGUCAAAGAACCUGGAAGACGCAGCAGGUUGUGGACUUCUGGAGAUGUUUUUCACGUUUUGUCGAAAAAUACGGGAACUGAAACAAUUGAAGGUAUAUUCCUUGAUAUGUCCGAAUUAGAAUACCUACACUUAAAACCCGAAGUGUUUUCAAGGAUGAACAGAUUACGCUUUCUCAAAUUUCAUCGUGAUGGUCUCAUCGUGCAUCUUCCACAAGGUCUUGAAUCUUUGUCAGAUAAGCUAAGCUAUCUCUAUUGGACUGGAAGUCCUUUAAAAUACUUCCCGUCCAAUUUUUGUGCCGAGAACCUUGUUGAACUUAGUAUGCCAUUUAGCCAGGUUGAACUGCUUUGGGAGGGAUGUCAGAAUCUUGAGAAGUUAAAUUCUAUCGACCUCAAGAACUCACGGCAUCUUAUCAGAUUACCAGACUUAUCAAAGGCCUUAAAUCUUGAAUAUCUAAAUCUUCAAGGCUGUAUAAGUUUGCUUGAGGUACCAUCAGCCGUCGAACAUUUCAAGAAGCUUACUCUCCUGAAUCUGGAGAACUGCAGAGAGGUUAAGAGUAUUCCAAGCUGUUUUAAUAUGCAAUCGCUUCAAAGGCUCAAUCUUUCUGGAUGCACACAAUUAAAGAAGUUACCAGAGAUUUCAAGAAGUGUAAAAGAGUUGAGUUUGGACAGGACUGCAGUAGAAGAACUUCCGGUGUCGAUUGAGAGUCUUUCUAAACUUAACUUUUGGAGUAUGUCUAACUGUAAACAUCUCAAGAGCCUGCCAAGAAAUCUCUCUAUGCUGAAUUCUCUUAAAAGCCUUUUAAUCUCUGGUUGUUUGGAGCUGGAAACUUUACCUCUCAGCAUGGAAAAGCUUUCUCAAUUACAGAAGCUUGACAUACGUGGUUGCAAAGCACUUACUUGUUUACCGGAACUUCCACCGAGCCUUAACCUCUUAAAUGCAAGCAGUUGCAUUUCACUGGAAACAAUACCAUCUUCACUGGCUGUAUUUGCAGAGAAAAUGUUACCAAAAUGUCCAAAUAAUCAGCGGUUUUGUUUUAUUAAUUGUCCAAGGUUGGAUCAGAAUGCACGAAGGAUCAUCGAGUUUGAUUUACAGUUUAGAAUUCAGAGCAUAGCAUCUGCAGCUGUAAAAGACUAUCAUAAGGGACUUCAUUCACUGCCAUCAAUCAGCAUUUGUUUCUCUGGAAACGAAAUUCCAAAAUGGUUUCACUAUCAGAAAACAAAUUCUUCUAUCAGUAUCAAGCUUCCUUCAAAUUGGCUUAAUCCCAAGUUCUUAGGUUUUGCUAUGUGUGGUGUGGUUGAAUGUACAGACUUCACAGAGCUCAGCGACAUUUACAUCUUAUGCUACUGCGAUUUGACAACUGAUCGUGGUGAUCACCAAACAGUUAAUUGUAUUUUGCGAGGACUGCCUAGCUACUCUGGUGAAAUGCAACAGAAUUUUGGCAGAUCAAAUUAUGUAUUCAUGGGCUACGAUUUCAGUUUGUGUCUGAGAAGUAUUCAAGAAAAAGAUACAGAAGCAUCAAAUAAUUAUAGUGAAGCCACAAUUACAUUCUGCUCAAAGAAAGAAGCAGGGCACUCUUAUACAUUGCGCAAAGUAAAUAAAUGUGGUGUUCAUCUAAUGUAUUCUCAGGAUGAGGAGACAGAAAUCAAAUCCUCAAUCAUCCAGUGCAACUAAACAGGCCAGAGAAGAAAAUAUACUGAUCUCCUGAUGUGGUGGACUUGUGAACCUAUGAAGCAAG